AUGCCGAAUCUGAAUUCGAUCAAUUUCAGUCUCUCCUCCGUCUUUUACCUUAUCCCGCUAUACUUUCUCAUCAUCGCCCCGCUUCUCCGACAGUUCUUCCCUUCUGAUCCGGGCUUAUCCGUGCCUAGGGAUAUUCGCGAUGCGGCGUACUUUGAUAAUGUGGGAAAGGGAGGGGAGCUGGAGGAGGAGGAGGAGGAGGAUACCUCGUUGCAAUUGAACCCGGAUCUGCUGAGUCUUGAGGAUGGGGAGACCAUUGUAUGCGAGCUAGGGAGCGAUAUGUACCGCGCGCACAUCUUCUCGUAUAACCCGCUCGUUGUAUACAUCGAGGGAUUCCUUUCAGGGCAAGAGGCGGAUCACUUAAUCAAUGUCAGCGUCCCCAACUACACCCCCUCCCCCGUAUACUCCUCCUCCCAAGCCAACGCCUCCGACCCAACAAAGCGCCUUUCCGACCGCGCCCUUCUCCCGCGCGACAGCGUCGUCCGCUGCAUCGAGUCCCGUGCACGCGCAUUCCAGGGCUGGAAACCAUAUCUGUACAUCGAGCGCAUGUGGGCGCAGCGGUACAAUGUGUCAGGCCACUACACGCACCACUAUGACUGGGCGGGGACGGCAAAGGGCCGCGGCGGUGACAGGCUUAGUACGUUCAUGGUGUAUCUCAAGGCGGAGUGCAAGGGGGGUGGAACGAAUUUCCCGCGGUUGAGGAGGCCGAGGGAUAAGCGGUGGUGCGAAUUUGUGGAUUGUGAGCAACAAGAGGGGAGGGAAGGUGUGACGUUCAAGCCGAUUAAGGGUAAUGCGGUGUUCUGGGAGAAUCUGAGGGCAGAUGGGAGUGGGUAUCCGGAGACGUGGCAUGCGGCGUUUCCGGUGGAGCAGGGGGAGAAAGUUGGGCUGAACAUUUGGAGUUGGUAUCAGCCGCCGACAGGGAGGUGGUGA